AUGGCGGUCCCCGCGGAAUCGCAGAUUGCCGUGCGGUCCUCGAAGCACCCUACCACGUGGUUCUGCCACACCCGCCCCACGGCCAGCUCUUCGGCUCGCUCCACCACACCACCGCCCGCCAACCCAACGCACCACCCCGCCCCGCCGCCCCUGAACCGGCUCGCCGCGCUGAGCUGCCCCGCCGCCACCGGCCCGGGUCGCCGUCCCCUGCCACCCCGCCAGGACACCCCGCAGCCCGAGGCCGUCAUCGCCAAGGCUCACCGCCAGCCCCCGGUGCCGCCGCAGGCUGGGCCCGGGCAGUGCCCCCGAGACCUGGCGCUGCCGCAGGCCGGGCCCCGCCCGCCCUCCACCCCGCCAGCCCCGGCCAACCUCCUCCCGCCUCAACCCCGCCGGCCCCGGCCACACUCCACCCCAUCGGCGCCCGCUGACCUCCUCCCCCGCUGGUGA